AUGUCGCAUCCCUCCGUAGCUUUGUUAAGUGACUUCGUUGGCACUUUUGGUGACCGUUCGGUUUCGUCGUCGUCGCCGUCGGUUUUUGCGCCCUUCCCCGCUUCGUACGGUACAGUCGCAUCUUCCUCCAAAACCUGUCAGACAGUCACACCAGUUCCAGUUAGCGAUUCCACUGUUUUGUUGUUCACUGCUCUUGUCAAAGUUCGAGACAAUCUCGGCCAAUACCAGGUCGCCCGUGCUCUUCUGGACAGCGGAUCACAGUCAAAUUUUAUUUCCGAGUCGUUAUGUCAACGCCUUGCAUUGAGUCGCAGUAAAGUGAAUCUGCCAGUAAGCAGCAUCGGCCAAGCCGUUGUGAACGUCCGAUACUCAGUGUCAGUGGAGUUAUCAUCUCGACAUGGCUUAUUCGAGCAGAGUAUGGAGUGUCUAGUGUUACCGAAACUGACCAGCAGUCUGCCAACUAGGACGGUAGACGUUCAUACCUGGAAAAUUCCCAACAAUCUACCAUUAGCGGACCUACAAUUCAACGUUAGCAAUGGCAUUGACAUUAUCGUUGGAGCUGAGCUGUUCUCCAUGAUUCUACAGGCAGAGCAAAUCACUUUCAAUGAACACCUUCCAGUACUUCAGAAAACGAGUCUGGGAUUCGUCAUCGCCGGAAAGGUUCCCACCAGUACACCUUCACCAGUUACGUGUCUUAUUUCUACUCUUGACAAUUUGGACACACAUAUCAAGAAGUUUUGGGAAGUGGAAGAUUUCGAUCAUUGUAAAGCUUACACUGCUGAAGAACAGCAGUGUGAAACUCAUUUCAUGAAUACUCACAGCCGGAAUGCUUAUGGACGUUACGUGGUCCGCCUGCCCGUUCGUCUAGAAAUGCUCCCUCUUAUUGGCGAAACAUGGAGCGCAGCUGCUCGAAGAUUUAGUUCUGUGGAGAAACGUUUCCGAAACGACACUUUUUUUCGCUCUAACAACGUUCAAUUCAUGGAGGAAUAUAUACAGCUCGGCCAUAUGGAGGAGGUGCAGACUCACGUCGCGUUGUCCCAGUUCUUGCCCCAUCAUGCAAUCUCUCGUCCUGAUUCAACAACGACCAAAACCAGAGUGGUCUUCGAUGGAUCGUGCAAAAGCACCAACCACUUGUCGCUGAACGAUCUCCUGCUCACAGGUUCCACGGUACAACCCACUCUUUUGUCCAUAGUUCUCAAUUUUCGUUUUCAUCGGUACGUUAUGACAGCAGACAUCGAGAAAAUGUACCGCCAGAUCAUGGUACACCCUGAAGACCGCCCAUUACAGCAAAUUCUUUGGAGGCAGCUUGAGUCCGAUCCAAUAAAAGCAUAUUUUUUGAAUACCGUCACUUACGGAACCUCGUGUGCUCCAUUUCUUGCGACACGGACCCUUAACCAGCUAGCUGAAGAUGAAGGAGAAGAUUUUCCAUUAGCAAAACCGAUUGUGAGGCAGGAUUUUUAUGUGGAUGAUGUGUUGACGGGAUCCGAUAGUUUGGACAAACUGGUAGAAUCUAGUAAACAGCUAAUCAGUCUACUUGGCCGCGCCGGAUUCUCUCUUAGGAAGUGGAGUGCUAAUCAUCCGAAGAUUCUAGAACAUUAA